AUGGAGAUAAAGGGUGUGUCGUUGAGGAGAGGGUAUGAGUUAUUGAAGGGUUCGAGUGAAAAGAAGAAGAAUAGAGGAAAGGGAGUGGUGUUGGAAGGCAUGGUUAAUGGAAUGAGAAAUGGAGUGGUUUCAUGCACAGGAGAUGGAGGGGUUGUGAGGAUGAAGAUUGUGGUGAGAAAGAGCGAGCUAAAGCAGCUGGUUGAAGUGAUGAGUGGUUUGAAGUCAACAAUGUCGAUUGAAUCUUGUGUGUCUUCUUCUGUGGAGCAAAGAUUGAAGCUUUUAUGGAAGAGAAAGUAUGUUUCCAGAACCAAUGGGAAUGACCACAAGUGUUGGACUCCUGUUCUUCAAAGCAUCCCUGAAGAGAAAUUAGUUUAA